AUGGGAAAGGUUAUCAGCGAUUGUUGGGGAAUCCCGAUCGCUUUACUGGUGAUACUUACAGUUCAACAAGCUGCCAAAGUUGCUUCGUCAACCUGUGGAGUGCGUCGCCUAGCACCGAUGGGACUGGUGACAAAAGGUAUCAAAGCCGAACCGGGCGAUUGGCCGUGGCAUGUGGCGCUGUUUGCCCGCGAAAAGACGGCCAAACCCGAGUACAAGUGUGGAGGUUCGAUUAUCAGCGAAAACUUCAUUCUGUCUGCUGCCCACUGUAUACAGGAACCGAACCCGGAACGAUACUUCAUUAAAGCGGGAUUGUACCAUCUGUACAACGACACUGACCCUAACGUAGUGCUUUACAACCUGUUCGAGAUCAUCUUACACCCUAAGUACAACAGUCGUAAGUUCUACAACGACAUCGCACUGAUGCGUCCUGACCGCGCGAUCUCCUUCACUUCGUUCGUCAUCUUCCCAAUCUGCCUGUGGUCAUCGUACAACGCAUCGCUGAUCGAUGUCAGCACCCAGACGGGUAUUGCCGUUGGGUUUGGAUUCGACGAGUUUCACCGUAUCAGUGAAACGCUUCAGCAAGCCGCAAUGAAGGUGAUCGAGAAAAAGAAGUGCAUCGAGCAGCUGCCCGAACAUGUGCGCUUUCUGCCACAGGAUGCGGGCAAACUGUGUGCCAUCGGGACAGAAACGGGCGCUAAUGUGUGUUCCGGCGAUAGUGGUGGAGGAUUGUACUUUGCGAAGAAUCAAGUAUGGUAUUUACGUGGUAUUGUGAGUGCCGCCGCCAGGAUGGAUCUCGACAACGGGGAGUCAACGUGUAAUGCGGCACUGCCCGCUACCUACACCGAUGUUGCUCAGUACUCGAGCUGGAUCAGCGCUCAUCAGCGAAUGGUUGAUGACAGGAAUCUUCUCAAGUUGGAAGAUUGUGGCAUGGCAAAGAACUCGGAAAUAGAGGAUGAGAUGCAGAAACCCGUGUUCAAUCAAUACCCUUGGAAUGUGCUGCUGGAAUUCCGACAGCUGGAAAAGGCGCAGAUUCAUCUGGUGUGCAGCGGAGUGCUCAUACACCCACGAUAUGUACUUACAGUAGGGCACUGCAUAGAUGGAAUAUUCAGGAACUACAAUCUCAAAUCUGUACGCCUUGGAGAGUACAACAUUCGCACGCUGGAAGAUUCCGAAGGCAGUACACCAAGCGUAACCACCACGUCUCAGUCAAUUGACAUCGAGCAAGUGCUCUUCCAUCCCAACUACAAUGUACCACUGUACUCCAACAAUUUGGCACUGUUGAAGCUGAAACAUAAUGCCGACACAGCCAAACCAAACAUCAAGCCAGUAUGUCUUCCAAGCAUUGACGACUACAAAGAGACUAGUCUGACGCUAAGUGGCUGGAAGCGUAACAAAUACCUCUUCCCGAGGUUGGAACGUGACGCAAUGAAUCUAUCGUCGGUAGAGAACUGUCGCGGAGCGUACGAAAAGCUCGGAAUACGGCUAGGACCAUCGGAAGACAUGCUGUGCACGGUGUACAAAAGUCGUCCGAAGGGUCACUGUCACAAUUACGCUACGGGAUCUCCACUGCAGUACAUCAAGCGGGUUGACAAGGUGCCACGUUACUUCCUGGCCGGGUUGAUGGUGUUUAACUAUCCGUACUGCCGUCCAGAGGGUAAUGAGAUUUUUGUGAACCUGGACAGUGGAAGCGAUUGGAUAAAGGAGACGGUGAAAUAA